AUGUCCCGCUUCAAAAAGCCAUUGGAGGACUUUCUAGCACUGGCCAAAGACUUUGCUGUGAUAUACUCAACGUCAUCGGCGCCGUUGGUGCUGCGCAACACUCGCAGAAUAUGUAUCCUUGACUCGUCGUUCAACCCGCCCCAUUUGGCCCACUACUCCAUGGCGAGGGAGGCGUUGCAAUACCAAUUUGAGUCCAAGAUGCUCCAACGCGAUCAAUUGCUGUUUGUGCUUCUUUUGCUGGUCAAAAACGCAGAUAAGCUUGUGCCGCAGCCGGCUCUGUUUGAGCACCGUUUAGCCAUGAUGCAGCUCAUGGCAGACUACUUGCACGAGAACCUUGAUGUAGACGUGAGCAUUGGCCUCACGAGCCAUGCCAAGUUCGUCGAUAAGUCGGUUCUGCUUCUUAAUUACAUUCGGGACUUGUCAAUCGAGCAGGUUAAAUUGACCUUCUUGGUAGGCUUCGACACGUUGGUGAGAAUUUUUGAGCCAAAAUACUACUUGCCGGACAAGUUGCUGGAUCUGCUCAACGAGUUCAUGAAAACAACAGACUUGUUCUGCUUGACGAGGCCAGAUAACGUAAACUCUUACCAGAACCAGGUGGACUAUGUGCGCCACAUUCGCCAUGGCAAAAUCGCCCAUAUCCCCCAGGCAUGGUCGGACUCCGUGCAUCUUUUUAGUUUCGACAACCUGGAGGAUAUCGAUAAGUUGGGCUCUGUGAGCUCCUCGGCGAUCCGGGAGGCCUUGUGCCAGAACCCCGACCAACCUGUCCCGGUCAUUCCUCAGAUAAGAAACUAUAUCACAGAAAACAAGUUAUAUCAGUGA